CUCACAAUAUACUGUUGAAAUCUGUGCCUGUCCGUGUUCCAUCAUGGCCCUGGCACUGCCAUGCCAUCUUCCCGCGGAGGCUCUUUACGUAUAUGCACGUUAUCAUACAAAAUACAUACAUAGAUAUACACAUGCAUACAUACAUACAUACACAUAUGCACAUACAUAUGUACAUGCGUACAAAUACAACACACAUACAAUUCUUCUCCCUACUUUUAUACAUAGAAAAUUCAGUUCCCUUUACACACAAUUCUACAGUCGUUUAAACCUUGUGUCUUCCGGAAUUAACAACUUUCUAUGAAUACACACAUGUGUAUUUAUUGCAUACAGCCGAUUAUUAUUAUUUACAAUGUGUCAAAAUAAAAGCAAUGCGAACGUGCGAGACAUUGUACAAGAAUUAACGCAAACUUGUAUGGAAGUUCGUUGCAAUUUGGAAUUGUGCGACGGCAAGCAGGAACGAGAAGCGCUAAUAUUAAAGCAUAUCAAAACAUAUACGGGAAAAGGGUUUCGUAUUAUUGAUUUUCAAGCAGGAUUAGAAUGGUUCAACGUCGCAGAAGGGUUAUCAGUAUAUGGACAUCUGGCCAACAAAUUAAUUGUUCUGGAUUUCUUCACUUAUUGUUGCAUUAAUUGUAUGCACGUAUUGCCAGAUUUAGAUCUUCUUGAAAAGCAAUUUUCAAUCACGGAUGGUCUCGUUGUUGUUAGUUCAUACGAAGUCGGAGUGCACAGCGCAAAAUUUUCCAACGAACGUAAUUCAAAGAGACUCUUGGCAGCGAUUCAGAGAUACAAUAUAACACAUCCUGUUGUGAACGAUACGUCUCUGUCUAUGUGGCAAGACCUAGGAAUUUCUUGUUGGCCGACGUUAGUGAUGAUAGGCCCAACAGGAGAACCAUUUGCAGUGUUCAUAGGAGAAGGUCAUAAAGAUGAAUUGCCUGCGUACGCGAGCGUUGCAUUAACAUAUUUCAAAUCGUUAUAUCAGAUAUCUAAUAGCAAUCUUCCUCUACAACUGGCAAAACAUUUGUUACCUUCCAGAGGAAACGAGACCCUGCUGUUUCCUAGUAAAAUAAAGAGUUUUUGCAACGAACGAAGAGAAUGUUUGGUAAUAUCCGAUACAGGCAAUAACAGAAUUUUAGUCACAGAUGUAACUGGAAACGUGGAAUACGUUAUCGGUGGUCCUGAACCAGGAUUUUGCAAUGGAAACUUGGAAAAUGCUAAAUUCAAUGCUCCCCAAGGUGUAUGCAUGUUAGAUGCUGUAAUUUAUGUCGCUGAUAACGAAAAUCACGCAAUUAGAAAGAUAGAUUUAGUAGAGAAAAUUGUAAGUACGGUCGCUGGUACGGGCUUCCAAGGUCACGAUUAUGUCGGAGGGAAAACUGGUAGGGACCAAGCUUUGUCUUCCCCUUGGGACGUUUCGAUUUAUAGACACGAGUAUGCAGAUAAAUCCGUACCUGUGUUAUUAAUCGCAAUGGCAGGUACACAUCAAAUUUGGGCGCUUUUUUUAGAAGACAGUAUUUGGUGGAAAAAUAGAGAGUACAAAGCAAGCACGUGUGCUGCAAUCGUUGGAAGCGGCAGGGAGGAGAACCGCAAUAAUACGUAUCCUCACGCGGCUGGCUUAGCACAACCAUCGGGAUUGAUUGUCGUGCAGGAGGAUAAAAUGGUCUUUUUUGCCGAUAGCGAAAGCAGCACCAUCAGAUCCGUAGAUCUAAACAAUGGACGAGUAUCUGCUGUUUGCGGAGCAAAUAGAAAUCCGGCGGAUUUACAUGAUUUCGGGGAUUCCGACGGUGUUCAAUACGGUGUUAAGCUUCAACAUCCUUUGGGAAUAACGUGGCACUCGAAAGAGAAUGUCGUCUACAUAGCCGACACGUACAAUCAUAAAAUUAAAAGGAUCGAUGUAAGCACAGGUUGCUGUAAAACCAUGUACGGCGAUGGAAAACCGAACGAACUAUUUUCGUUUGACGAACCCAGUGGCAUCGUGGUCAGUUCGAACGGUGAUCUGUUAUACGUGGCCGACACAAACAAUCAUGUUGUGAAAGUUAUCGACACCAAGAACAAUGAUAUCGCUGUGUUACCUAUAAACAUUGGUGUAUCUGGAAAGGCCGACUCGGAGAACGUUUAUUUCUUUGAGACGAAGAUAAGCGAGGGAGGAGGUGAAUUGAAUAUCACGUUUGACGUGAUCUUUCUCGACGAUCGCUUGAAAUUGAACAAAGAUGCGCCCCAAAGAUGGUCUGUGAAUGUUUCAGCGGUUAAAUGGGUUGCCAAAGUGAGAACCGGCGACCUCGAUAGUCCAGUGUCGAUCAACGUUCCCGAAGGAAGUGGGAUACACGAGGUGUACGUGACACUGGACAUCGUUGCGUGUAAAACCACCGAAUGCCUGCCAAAGAAAUUGUCGAUAGUGUAUCGAGUACAUCAAGAAUCGCAAGCCCUCGGCAUUGUAACGGAACGCAGACAAGUUGUCGUUAAAUAAUAAACGGUUUUGAAUUUUA